UGUUAAAUAUAUUACAUCAAAAUCUCGUACCCAUGCUAGACAAGCGCCCGGUCAAAGAUUGUAAAAACCUGAGCUGAUCUAAUUGUGAGUCUCGGAGUGGCCUUUGAAUAAGUGAGUGUCUGGUGAAUUUUAUAGCUGCGGAAGCAUGACGACAAAAUAAACCUUUGGGUUCUUUUUCUCCACUCCGCAGAAACUGAAACAUGAAGUAGACCAGUGAUCCCGCAACGUGGUUAGCUAAGUUUCUGUUCGUGUUCGUUUCGCUACGUGGUGUCAAUGGACUGUCAAUCACAAUUCAAAGUAAUUUAAGCUAGUUGAGGUCAUCAUCAAGUGCAAUGAGGCAGGUGAUGAUUUUUAGUUGUCUAAGUCGUCUAAAAUCGCCUAAAAUUGUCACAAUUUCCCUGCCAAAAAUGACCAUAAAUCGAAAUAACAGCGAUAAUUUGGUCCCAGAGGAUAGGCCUAAACUUCGUACAAACACAUCGACAAACCUACAAUUCCCUCAGUACCACACAAGCUAAGGGGAAAAGGCAGUUGCUGACUCUCCCAACACUGAAUCAACUCUAUGGCCUUCAAUGCACAUCUAGGGAUUUAGAUUCUUUUAAAUUUAUUCAGUUUCGCUGUAUGUCAAAAUGGUUUGUUUGUGGUUAAUGCAAUGGGGGCCCUUCUGCAAAUCUCCUGGCGGUAACGUGUAGAGUUUUGAGGUAACUGUGGACCUUGUAAGAAUCAUUUGUGCGUAUAAGAUAAAGUGUACAAUAUAAAUUCAGAAAAAAAUAUUUUGAAGGUUGAUUUAACAGGUAUUUCCGGCAAGCCUUCAAACACAAAACCGACAAUGUUUCCUAGAUUGAAUUAAUUACCUGCCUUCGUGUUCGUAUGCACGAGCAAACAAACUGCACCAAGUUGAUUAGUAGCUGACGGACUACGUAAGUCUGUGAAGCUCUUUCGAUAUUCUUAUUGGUUGCUGAAAGAUAUAUUUUGAACUUGGCAAUCGAAUAUUUGUCACCUGGGAAAGCGUAAGAGGACAGUUAGUUGUAUCAAAGGGGCAGCCACAAACUUUGGCGUAUAUCCAAUGAACAAUUCGUUAAAUCCACAUCAGUCUACAAACCGAAAAGAAAAGGAAACGCUAGGAAGCAAGGGGCAGCAAGCAAACUAAGGGGGAUUCUAACUACAGUGCGCAGGCAGACCAUCAGCUGGGCCAAACAAGGAAAAGGUCUGCACCAAAAACACUUGCACAAGCCCAGCUCGAAGUUAAUAUGAGACGAACUACGAUGGUGGGUUUGAUAUGUUUACUCGUGAUAUUGAUCACAACAAGCUCGUCUAAACAGUGCAGCAAACCUGUACGCUCCGUAAAAGGAAGUUACCUGACUGGUCACGUGAUAUCGAACGGAAGCACAGAUAGUUUAGGAGACUGUUUGGUCGAAUGUACCGCUGACCCGCGGUGUAAGAGCAUCAAUUUCCGCUUUGAAGACUUGCUCUGUGAACUGAACGACGCUGAUAGAUACACUCACCCGUGGGAUUAUGGAUCUAAAGAAGGACAUGGGUACAGUGAUUAUCCUUAUAAGGAGAUAUAUAAAGAGUUUUACAUGACGCCUCUGUGGCUUCAGACACACGCCUCUUUCGUCAAUGUCUAUCAUAUCACAUCCGCUGACCAGAUAACAUUCAACGCAGGCUUGACAAAAGACGCGGCUCUUUUAAAAGUUUCCUUGGUGGAAGCUGGUGUCUUGCUAGAUGCAGCUCCGCUGACCGUUAAAAUAACAGUAGCCAAUGACGCCAGCAUUGGGCAAAUAUUUGACAGCGAUAUCAUAUAUGGUGUAUCGGACGGAAUCAAUUUCAUUGGAUUUGAAGCACCAGACAGAGGAAAUUAUGCCAAAAACUACCCCUGCUAUGGAAUUGAAGCCACGCCUGGGGAAACUCUGACAAAAAAGACAAGUUUUAAUAAGGUAACUCCUAAUGAAGUCGCAAGCUUUUACCCUGAUCAGUUUGUCUUCACUCUCAAGCUGGACAAGCCAUGGGGCUCGUGUUUUACUACGCAUGGCGGAGGCUUCCUGAAGACAGCCGAGUUCACGAAACGAUUGAUGCCUAGCUUUGGUCUCACUCUGGAGGUUUAUAAAAUCAAUCGUGGAGAAAGAGUUGGCAUCAAGUCUAUUGAGGUCACUAUUCGAAAAACUGGCGACUACUAAUUACAUUGUGGAAUGUUGUAAAAAUCAGUCCGUUUCUUUUACCUUAAUUUUUAAAGUAAUUUUUAAACGAUGUCUGCAAUUUUGCUAAGUGAUUUGUGCUGUGGCACUUUUAACGCAUGCCCCUAGUGAUUAUGCAAUGUUUUCAAAUAAAGUUUAUUCAACAUUCUGCAGGUAUGCGGCAUAAGCUAUGGAUCCUGUUCAAGGUGCUUUGGACCCAUUUAGCCGAUAUUUGUUAAAUCCCACAACGCGAUGGAUUUGUUCAUGUCAGAUAUUCAUACAAAACACCCUGUUAGAUCGCUCUGCGUCCUUUCCUUUUCUCCUCACCCCCAUGCCUCCUCCCCACAAGUAGCCGUGUGUAACUCAUUGAUCCUGGGUAGAACCAUCAUCUUCAUUUUGGGGUCAGUUUCAGUAACAUGCAAUGUGAUAACUGUUACUUUUAACCUUCGCGGACACUCAUAAAACACACAACUUGCUGAGGUUAGGUAUGGUUUCCUUGCAUCGAGUCAGCCGACACAUUAUGAACUAGUCAAUAGACUUUAAGGAGGGCGGCUCUUUGUUUUGGCGCAGAAGUAAUUACAUGGAAGUGGCUGAAGCACAAAGUUUCAUCUUCCUAUCGAAUCAAUCAUUUUAGGCAUGCGCGUAAAACUGCACUCCGCAUGCAGAAACUGAAACGCAAAGUAAACCCAAGUUCUCGAAACGGUUGCCUAAAUUUCUGUUUGUGCAGAAACGGAAAAAAGAAAUGCUUUUUUCAACCUGUAUAAGCUUCAACUUGAAAUAUUUUUAAAUAUGUAUCCAAUAAGAAGAUUGAACCAUUGGGAAAUAACGUUUUAGAGAAACAAAGAAACGCAAGUCUUUACACCUACGCGGGAGCAGCCAAGAUAAGUUGGUUACGUUGUUGUCUACGAAUUGAAAGUUGGUUGGAUUAUUCCCGGGAUUAUUAAAUUCAGCGUUACAAUGUGUACAUAACCUUACAACGAUUGUAAAAAUAUGAGCCAAAAAGAGUCUGGAAACUCAGUUAAAAGUCCAAGAAGCAACCUAAUGACAUCACGAGCAGUGGUUGUGUUCAUGUUAGCAAGCUCGAGCUUUGUUAAAGACAAACAAAAGAAAUGAAUAAAUGUGGUCAUUGAAUUUCCUUCGUUUGUGCCCUUGAAGCCUCGCUGCAAAGCUGAAUUUUAUCAUAGCAAAAAUGGUCUAUUCACUCUAUGAAAUAUGCCUGCAGGGAAUCAUGGUAACUGUAUU